UUAAUGCUACGUUUACCAUUUCGAAGUGCCUGCGUAUCAAGUGUCAUAUGCAGCCGGAGUAUCAAAUACCCUUUCUCAUCUGCUUUGAUAGAGAGGAGACUGAACAGAGAGAAAAAGAAGAAGAACAAAACCCUAGACUAGAAAGAUAUUUCUCUGAGAAGCAAUAGAAGGGAGUAAAAGUUCAUAAAAUGGUAGUAAGAAUUCGAUUAUCGAGAUUUGGAUGCAAAAACCGGCCUUUCUAUCGUGUAAUGGCGGCCGAUAGUCGAUCUCCGAGAGAUGGAAAGCAUCUUGAAGUCUUGGGUUAUUACAAUCCAUUGCCAGGGCAGGAUGGUGGUAAGCGCAUGGGUCUGAAUUUCGACAGAGUGAAGUAUUGGUUAUCGGUUGGUGCCCAACCGUCAGAUCCUGUCCAACGCAUUCUUUUCAGAGCGGGGCUUCUUCCACCACCUCCAAUGCUUGCAAUGGGCCACAAAGGCGGGCCCCGUGACACCCGUGUUGUUGAUCCUAUGAGCGGCCGGUUUGUGGUGCCCAAGGACCCUGUUGUUGAGGAUCAACCAACCAACACAACCAUUGAUAGCGAUGAAGAUGAAGGCGAUGCUUCAAGCUGAGCCUAUGGAUGUCCUCAACAACCCUUGUUUGAGUAGCAUUCGGCUGUUGCACUGUGACUAAUUCCUUAGAUUGUAGAAAACAGUAUGAUUUUUGUUUUUAUUUUUUAUUUUUAAGUCGUGGCUUGAUGGAAAUUCAGUUCUAAAGAUUAGAUCUGUAAAAACUAUGAAUUUUGGACCGACCAUCCACAUUUCAUCACCAACAUGGAUUUAUUAUACAGAGAAAUGUUCAGAUGA